AUGAGGUUGAGCAAAGAAGAAUACGAAAGGUAUGGAAGACAAAUGAUCAUGUCCCAUUGGGGUCUACAAGGUCAACUCAAAUUGAAAUACUGUAAAAUCGCCUUGGUCGGUGCAGGAGGAUUAGGAUGUCCAUGUUUGGUUUACCUCGCUGGGGCUGGAGUGGGAACGAUAGGUAUAUUCGAUCAUGACACUGUAUCCCUUAGCAACCUUCACCGACAAGUCUUACAUACCACCGAACGGGUAGGUAUGAACAAAUCCGAUUCGGCUAGGUUGGGUCUUGAAGCAUUGAACCCAUUAACCCACAUCAUACCCCAUCCCAUCGCCCUCACACCGACAAACGCCUUAUCCCAUCUAACCCCAUAUGAUCUCAUAAUAGAUUGCACAGAUCGUCCUCUCACCCGAUAUCUACUCAACGACGUCGCUGUGAAACUCGGUGUUCCUUUAGUAUCAGGAGCGGCGGUAUCUUCCGUUGGACAAUGGUCCACUUAUUACAGUGAUAGGUCAAACGGAAAAACAAGACGAAGAGCGUGUUACCGUUGCAUGUGGCCAGAGGUCGUUGGUGAAUCUGCCAAAUGUGAUGAACAUGGGGUAUGGGGUACGGUGACGGGUAUGGUAGGUACUGGCAUGGCUACUGAAGCUAUAAAGGUUAUCAUGGGGCUAGAAGAAGACUCCAAUGGGACAUUACACAUACUCGACCUCCUAUCCGUCCCGAUGAUCCGUUCUGUGAAAUUACGUCCUCCACGAGUGAAAUGUACUUUUUGUGGACCUUCGUCAACCCUUCCAGACGAUCUCAAUGAGGUGGACUACGAGACUUUCUGUGCUGGACUUGCCUCGUCAACUUUUGCCUCGGGCAGUGAGAAGGGGCGACACAGGGCGAGAAACGCGAUGCUGAGACUUCAGAAACUUGUGGAGAUUUUCGAGGAUAUGGAAAAUACAGUGGUUAUUGAUACUAGACCAGAAGUGGAAUAUGAUAUGUGUCAUUUACCUCUGACGAUAAAUAUUCCUCUGAGUGACAUUCUCCGCUCUCCAUCGUCGAUACCAAAAUCCCAACAAGUGAUUUUCAUCUGUAAAAGAGGUAACGACUCACUCAUCGCUGCUCGUGACUCAGACGUCGGUUCAGCUGGGGAUUGCGAUGUAGAACAAAACAUGGUCAACGUCUUGGUCACUGAUGUUAUUGGUGGUUUGGAAGCUUGGUCAAGAGAGGUAGAUGAGACUUUUCCUAUUUACUAG